AUGCCUAACGAACAGCACCUCUUCUGGCAACGGUACCUCCCAUCUACGAACCCGUCUCGCGCCACAUCAGCCCUGCCAUCGAGAGCAGGGUCGCAGGUCAAUUUGAAUGAUACUGAGAAGCUCAAGCAUCUCGAUGGCAUCGAUUUGCGGUUGCCGGUUCCUGAUGAUCUUUCAUAUCUCGUUCCGACACGGGAGCGGAUUAAGCACUUUACUUGGGCAUGGUUCACACUACCGAUGAGCACAGGAGGUCUCGCUCUUCCCCUCCACAACACACCCAACCGCUUUCCGGGCCUUGAGACGAUAGGCAAAGUUGUCUACAUCUUCGACCUUGUCAUCUUCCUCUCACUAUGUGCAAUGAUGGCAACCCGGUUCAUCAUGAACCCUGGCGCCCUGAAGAAGUCAUUGAUGCACCCGACCGAGUCUCUCUUCUUUGCGACAUUCUUUCUCGCCUUCGUCAGUGUGGUCAGCUGCAUGCAGAUCUACGGAGGACCUAGCACCGGGCCCUGGCUGACAGUGGUCGUGCGGGUCCUCUUCUGGAUCUACGUUGCCGCGACUUUCACCACUGCUGUGUCGCAAUACCUGGUCCUCUUCUCUGCCAAGCGGUUGACGAUACAGAGUAUGACGCCGGGUUGGGUUCUGCCUAUCUUCCCAAUCAUGCUUACCGUAUCCCAACGCGAAGCCAUCAUCGUCGCCGGCAUCACAUUCCAAGGACUCGGCUGGAUGGUUGCCUUCAUGGUCUACGCCAUCUACAUGCACCGCCUGAUGCAGUUCGGCCUUCCCGCUCCAAACCUCCGACCCGGCAUGUUCAUCGCCGUCGGCCCACCAUCUUUCACAGGCUUGGCCCUCAUCGGCCUCUCGCAGGCACUCCACGAGGACAUGGGUGACUUCCAAGCACGACCCGGCAUAAUCAUCGUACUCCAGACCAUGGCAGACUUCAUCGCCAUCUUCCUCUGGUGCCUCAGCUUGUGGUUCUUCUGCAUUGCGAUGCUUAGUGUGCUCGGAGGAGUGAAGAAGAUGACGUUUCAUCUCGCUUGGUGGGCUUUCGUGUUCCCGAAUGUGGGCUUCACGAUUGCGACGAUACGGAUUGGUGAACAGCUUGGGAGUGAGGGGAUACUAUGGGUAGCUUCGAUCAUGACGAUCUUGCUGGUGGCUAUGUGGAUCUUUGUGCUUGUUGCUCAUGUGAGAGCAGUGUGGAUGAGGCAGAUCAUGAUGCCGGGUGUUGAUGAGGAUAAGGAGGACUACAAGGCGAAUGAUAGGAAGAAUGAUAUCCCGGUGCCGCCGGAUCAUCAGAGGAGGACGAUGCGGUGA